AACAAGGACACACAAAACCCAGAAAACAGAGCACCUAGUUAACCACAGACCACAGACACAGAGAUUGGAACCAUUAUUAUUCAGAUAAAAAAAAUUUGACCUAGAAGGGAUACAAAUCAAGAUCACAUACCUUCUGUUGAAUUUGUCAGUUUAUGCAAUCUAAAAUAAAAUAUGCUGUUGAGACACAAAAUGUUUCUCCUCUUCUUUGAAUCACAUAACUGUCCAACAAGUUAUGACAACAUUAUUAACUAAUGAUACAUUGAAAAUUAGCUGAGCAGUGUAUAGUAACCUCUUGUACAUUUGACCAUAUCUGUGAGAUCAUAAGAAAAUGUCACAUGAACCCAAUGUUUACCUCUGCAGUGGUCAUCUUGGAGAGUCCAGUAUAUCAGCGUUACAAGUUGGUCAGACUUGCCAUGGAUAGCCGUGUCUCACUGCCUUCAACAGAGGAAAUGUAAUUAAAUGGAGUAUCCUGUGCCACCAAUAACAGUAAUUAAUCAUUCACAUUUACUCACAUUAUAUCCUGGACCUUGUACAGUCUGAAGAACAGAAUGAAUUUAGCUAGUCCCAUAGGAGCUGAGAUCUAUAAGAAACUAAUUUUUUCCAAAAGCCACAUCAUUAAUAUUUGGCAGCUUAAAAUGCAGGUUGGCAGGGGGGCAGUUACAGAGGGGUUUCCAUUAGGGGGCUGAAAUGAAGACUGGGACAUUUCAGGCCCUGUCCCGUUCCACCUUCCAGCCUCUGCACUGGCUGCUAACCCUCAGGUGAAGUACAGCAGGUGUUAAAACACACUCAGCCAUAGAGCUACUCAUUGCUAAUGAGUCCUGUCUCCUUAAACUCUCUCUGAUGCUUCCAUGCAUAUAGGGCUUUAUUUUCUGCGUCCUAGUUAGAUCACUGCCAUGAUUGCAAAUGCAGAUGAAAAAAUCCUUUAAGACUGACCACUAUAAUGAAACUUCACCUGGAGGAGCGCUGAAUGAAAAGACUAAGGCAUGUCCUUAAUUGCUUCUUCAAGUAGUGUUUUAACAUACUGUGAUAUGUAUUACUUUGUAUACCAGUUAGUUUGAAUCUAGCAAAAUUGAGCAAAAUAUAUAUAUUUUGUGUGGUUGUUCUUAAUCAAAAUAUUGGUUUAAAAUAAGUAAUUCGUUGGACACAUUAAAGUAAAUUGAAUAUUUGCCCUGUCUGAGAAUUGUGGGCAUAUUCAAAGAAAAUCUUAUUGUAAACAUAGUGAAUACAGUGACAUUUGAGAAGAGCAUUUUACUAGUAAAGGCUGGUUAUGUUUGCAAUUUUCUUCAGAGAAACUGUGAUUCCACCUCUUUAUAAUGCCUUUCUAGUAAUUAAACACGUUUUCUAUGUUAAGGGUCUGAAAUGUAGGCUAUAGGCCUUUUGCAGAACACGCAUGUUCAUCUUCAGUUUGCAGAUACUAUCGCCGGGAAAUAAUGACAGUUAUCAGUCGCACCCACCAAGUGCCCAUAAAAAUCGGUCCUCUGUUCUGGAAGAUGAUAAUUAUUGGUUGUACUACUAUUAUCAUUUUCGCUGGUGAUAGAGGAACCCUUGAAGUAUUUUUCGAAUGUAAUUCCAGAUAUAAAUUACUUGAAAUUGGGCAAUUUUAAAAGAGAGAAGUGCAGUUUUCCUUAUGAGCGUAAUAUAUUAUAGAAUUCUUCAAAACCAAGAUAUCCACUGUCAGAUGCACAUCGCAGACUUUAUUGCUAACUAUGAUGUCAGCUUUCGCAUUUUAAAAACACAUUCGUGGAGAUUUUGAGCUGCCGGGGAACAGUGGUAUUUCUGCUUUCCGUUCAUCCACAGCAGACGGACUCAAUAACAUUGAAAAGUAAAAUGAAGAUCUGUAUAUUUGCUGCUUCUUCGUCACCAGCAAUAAGUGGUGCACAAUGGAAUUUUUCUGAUCUCCGAUAUUGGAGAUGUAUUUUCUUUUUUUCCAUCACCUGAUUUUCGAUAUUAAUUUAUCAGGUCCUUCGGACCCUACCCGCGGAUCGCCAAUCGGCAUCAUUCUUGGAUACAGUGGACCAAUCAGCGACCAUCUUUGAUGAAUAUUCAUGAAUCCCCGAUUCAAACCUUUGAGCGAGUUUGUCUAGAUCCACUGCAUCAUACGUAGACUUUUCACAGACACAAACUACAUUUUCUUAUGAAUGGAAAGAGAAAAAAUCUGUACUGCUUAAAUUGGGAUCCAUCCUUCACUGAGAUCAUAGAAGAAAACAAAAAAGGAAGAGGAGAGAUCCGCCAGAAGAGAUGACAAUGACUACAAUACCAGAAGGUCUUAAUAGCCCUGUCUCAGGAAAACCCGUUUUCAUGGAAUUUGGGCCACCGAGUCAACAAAUGUCGCCUUCCUCAAUGUCUCACGGACACUAUUCCAUGCACUGUUUACAUUCUUCUGGUCAUACUCAACAUGAGAACUCGUACAGUCCAGCCUCAUCAUUUCCUAGAUCUUUAGGUUAUCCAUACGUCAACUCUGUCGGCAGCCAUUCCUCAAGUCCAUAUCUCAAUACAGUGCAGUCGUACCAAAACAGCUCGGCACUAACACAGACACGGUUAGAAGACACAGCACCAGAGACAGAGAAGAACACAGUUGUAGAAGGCGGAGAGGUGCGGUUCAACGGAAAAGGGAAAAAGAUUCGCAAACCAAGGACUAUCUAUUCCAGUCUUCAGCUACAAGCUCUAAACAGAAGAUUUCAACAAACUCAGUAUUUGGCACUGCCAGAAAGAGCUGAGCUCGCAGCUUCGCUGGGUCUCACGCAAACACAGGUAAAGAUUUGGUUUCAAAAUAAACGAUCGAAGUUCAAGAAACUCAUGAAACAAGGUGGUGGCACAAUUGACACCAACGCUUUGGCCAAUGGUCGCGGACUUUCGACUGGCUCCCCGGCAGCACCGGUUUGGAGCUCACCCAUCACGGUGAAAACAUCUGUGGGUGCACCAGGUUCUUACAUUCCAAGUUAUACCUCAUGGUAUCCAACUGCACACCAAGAGUCUAUGCAGCAACCGCAACUCAUGUGAACAUAACUGUGAGCUGAUAGACCUGCCCCGCCCACUGUACCGCCAUGGCCCAUAUCAGGAGAUUUUGGGUCAACUACCCAGCGUGGCCUAGCACUGGCCAGCUGCAGCCAUGCACAGAAAUCCGGAGUUUGCUCCAAAAGUUGCCAGGUGACAUAGCGGCCCUCCUCGCAUCGACCGACCGCUCCGCGAACAGCCUGGGAGAGGAGAGACUGAAAAGGCAUCGUCUGCGCCUAAGGGCUAGAAGUACUUUUAUGUCCAAGACAGACACCGGAAAUUGUUAUGAAAAAUGGGUCCUCAAGCUGCUGUAAUUAUCUUUUGUGACAUUUUUAUAGGCCAUGUGUUAAAGUAAAUAUAUUGAGCUGUAACAAGUCAGUGAGAGUAUAUUUAUGUAUCCUAUGUUUGAUUUUAAUAUUUGCUAGAUUUCUAAUCCCUAUGAUGAUAAAAAAUAAGCCUGAUAUCGCGUGUAACCAAGGCUUAGCAAAUGGCCACUUCAAUGAAAGUCAACAUGGUGAUUUGACCAUGAACUUAAACCUAGCAUUUAAACAGACGAAACUACCAUUGGUCUAUAAUGUACUUUUAUAUUAUUAGUUAAAAAUUAGUCGUUUUGAUGAGCAUGGAAUCGAGUUGCACGCGCUAUAGCGCCAGCCACAUAUUUCUACCAUGCUGUUUAUGUGUUAAUUUAAGUUAAAUUAUUUACUUUUUUCUGUAUGUUUAUUUAAUAUGCAGGUGUGUUUGACUUACAAAACGACAACAACGAGUUGUUUAUUCUGCACUAUUGCAAGCAAAACUCCUCUUCGACUACGGAGCCCCAAACGUUAUGUGAACAAUCUUAAAUAACAGUUAUUUCAUGCGAAGAGAAUUAAGAUCAUCCUGAAGUUGAAAACAUGGUUUGUCAUUGUUUGUUAUGAGUUGCGCGGGCGGAUGUACAUAAAGACAAGAAAUAAUAGGACAUUUUCAGCUUUGGUUUGUGCUGUAAUCGAUAGGCUACCUUGUGAAAUAGGAUUUUUAUGUGUUCAUUAGGGUGAAUGUAUUUAGCUGUCUAUAGAAAUAUUUAGUUUUGUAUUGAUUACUUUAAUUUAUUGCUUUGGUUUAUUGAAGGUAUGUACAUAAUGUUGGAAACAGUAAAACUAUGAUUUCAAAUGAUUGUGUCAGAAUAUUUACAAUGGGGUGUAGGCAGUAAACCACGUUAAAAAAAAUAUUAAUCGAAUGGCGCUGUCCUCAUAGUGAGGUGGUAAAUAUUAAAAACAUAAAAUAAUCCGUAUGACAAGUCCAUGUAAGCCUGCGUUAUGACAGCUUUGCACCGGUUAGAUGCACUGUGAUGAAAUAAAGCAAACCUAAGUGGUUAUUCAUUUGUAUCAGCACUAUAUGCAACACUGGCUGUAUGCUUAAGUUAUGAUUACCCACAUUUAGCCACGAAUAUAUAAAUAUAAUUGUCAACGUUUUUGGAAAUAUCAGGGCUUAAUCAAUAGGCCUAUCAGCUUUUCGUAAUCUCUUGUGAGUGCUGGGCAUUGUCGCGUUAGAGACGUGUCAAUUCAAACCUCACUCGACUAAUCAUGUGUCGGUUUCUAUAACAUUAUCAUUCCUUCAACAAUAUGGUGCUUGUUUCUUUUCAUUUUAAUUUAACCGCUAUAAGCUCCUUUCUACUUAUCUGUGGUUCCAACAAACCUCGUUUUCACCCAUGAAUAGAGGAGAGAGCAAUGGUGUGUGUUAAGUGAAUAAUUGGGCUAUGAGGCAGGUGCUGCGAAAAGACUGGUUGGUUGAGGAGUUGGGGGUGAGGGAGGUGGUUUAAAUGUAGAUAAGUAAAAGUGAAAAGUUCAAAGGGGCUCUUGUUUGGGGUUGAUGGUUUAACUGCGCUUUUACAGAAAAUUCUGAAGCACCCGAUGAGCUGAGGAAAGGACCAAUUGAGGGAAAACACUACAGGCCUACCAUAGACAAUAUAUUGCAAAUAUCAUGUCGUGCACGCACCCGUACACACCCAGUCGUCUGUUUUAUAAAUAUUAGGCCUAUAGCCCUACAUCCUUUCGAAUUACAGGAAUAUACAAAUAUCCGUCUUAUUGUGGCAUACUUCGGGCAUGGAAAAAAUAUACUGCGGAAAAUUGACCUCAUUUUAAUAAUUAAUGAAAAGGUUUUAUUAGCUGAUUUCCAUAGUGCAUAUACAGACACGCACAUAUGUAGGUGCAUGUCUGUAUGUGGGCGCAGAUGAGGGAGUAAAGGCUUUACAUGAAUAUUAAAAUAUCAGUGUUAACUGAUUAAGCUGACAAAUUUGACAAUUUCUGAGACCUGUAGAGAUGCUCUCUUGGUGCUGGCAUAGAGAAGAAAAUCCCUUGAGAAAACUACAGCAAUAAUGUUGUCAACUCACCGUCACAAAUUGCCCUUAACGUUUUGACACAUGUAUUUAUGUCUAUUGAUUUCGUUUUUCGGAUUUAAAGUUUCACAACAAGUAAACUAACAAUCUGACCACAUUGCUGAUAUUAAA